UGCGGAUAGACUCCGGCUAAUGUCUCGGCAUCUCUCGGAUGGUGCACAUACUGAAGAUGAGAUCUUUAUGCGGAGUCGAAAUCGGGCCCGUACACCCUAUUCUUUUCGAUGCUUUCACUCGUUAUCAUGUAGUGAGAAGUAACAUGAAGCCAAGCCUUUUGCAAUGCACAACCUCGGUCACAUUCCUGGGAACACUGGGGACAUUCUGCGGAUCGUACCAAUACGAAUUCUGUCCUCCCGCACGAAUGAAAAGCACAACGUUCACUAUGGGAACGUUCGGCGUAUCGUUUGGCCGUCGAAGGAUUUUUCACCUCCGCCGUGUGCUGAUGUGCGUGGCCAACACGAGUCCAAUAUUCCGAGGGUCUCUACUGACUGGAUGAUGCCGAUUGAUUCCACUUUUCUCCUCUUCCUCGGAAUUUGGCGCUUCAUUUUGAGUUUGUACGCUCUAGAUUCAGGUGAUUCCACGGUCGAAGACAAAGGCGGUCACCUUGGUGUUGCCAGCACAACGGCUUCAAUUGGUUCACCUCGACUCCUGAAGCAUAUGACACUAUCGCUGUUUGCCGAUGGAGAUGUUAUCCGAAGUCUUGUGGGCCCUUUGCAUUGAAAUGCUCUUCACGUGUACGGAGCACCCUAUGGCGAACGACUCCAUUUUCAUCUUCCACGUCGUCUGUCAAUACACGAGACAUUGCAAU